UAGCACGUCUGGGGAGAAGUAGACAGGAACAGGGCAGAUUGACUGGAAAGUCGGAAAGAGUGCGAUCUCUAAACCCAAACAAUUAAAAUCCUUCAAACACGACAUUUCGAAAGUUUUUAUUGCAAUCUGACCACAACUUCGUUUUGUUCAUAUCCACAUAUCGGAUUAUUGCAUUUUGCGAGGGGACAACUGGUCAUAGAAGAAUUGAUCUGCAGAAUAGCAGGGAAGAGACUGUUCUUAAGCCUGAGGAUCCCAACAUCCCAGUUUUACCAACUGACACUGUCUACAAAAAGAUAUCAACUGCGUGGUGGUGCUGAUUACAUUUCCUCUUUCAAAAGGGAGAUAAAUGUGUGGCCCAUCGAGUGUUUACUGUUCUAGGCCGUAUUUCAGUUGUAGUUUUUUGCCACUGCAUUAGUGAGUAAUUUACUUGAUGAAGCGUGUAUUGAAUUAAUGAAUAGGGACAUUAGUCAUAUUUGGAGACCCAAGCAUAACAUUGGUCUUACAGAAGAAAUGUUCAUGGCUGUGAACGGCAUGUGUUCUUGAAGAUAUGUCAGAAUCCUUCAUGUCACAGUGCUCCCAAUUAUCCAUUUUCUCUGUAUGAUAACAAAUGCAAACACAAUGUUGGUCAAAUUAUAAAAACACCCCUGCCUUGCUCUUGUGAUGUGACACAUCGGCUACCCUGUUUUGCCCCCACGUGACUCCCUGGCUGUUUUGAUGAGGUGAACUCAGGCCUUCCACCACUCUGUAAAACAGCUCUGUGUGGUACACCCACCUCAACCCCCUGGUUUCCUGUGCUUGUGCAUGUCCAUUGAUUACAAUGAGCUCGUGACAAGGAGGAUCCCCAAGUGUCAGAGCAGGCACAUCGUGCUGCUUCCAGAACUUUAAAAACUAAAAAGAAAGAACAACAGACUCUCCGAGCCAUUGAACUGGCGAGGUUCCCCAUUUUGAGGACAUUUGAGACUGUUAAAGCCUCUAUAAACUACCCCCAUACAAAGACACCCAACCCCCCCUGUCUCUACAGACCUGCAUGCACUCUCUUAUCAGCCUUUCUCUUGAUGUAAGGCCAACCUGGAGGAUCACCAAACUACCACUGCAUAUCACUUGCUCUUCCAUCGCCGCUUCUUAUCCUUCUCUUGCUGGUCUUACCAAACCAAGGAGCUAGUUCCUCUGUUCAGAGCUCAGUGCCCAGGCUGCUGCUUAACGCUCCUGUCCCAAACGUAGCCCUCUGUCAUCCACCACACCAUCCUGGACACUGGAAUCUCCGUGAGGCCAGGGACUGCUGUUGUCCUCGGCCGAUAGGUCGCUCACCUCCAGGAGGAGCCUUGAGGAGCGGACCAGCACAGCUCGCUGCUGAGACAGGGCCUAGUGCGCACAGAGAGAGAGAGAUCUGAGGACGGCCACUGGAGUUCAGAGCUUAAGACUCUGGGAUCCUGGCCAUGAGGUUUGAUGCCUCGCUCCACUGAAGGGAGACACUGGACCUAAAUGGCGCAGCAUGACUUUGUUCCUGCCUGGCUUAACUUCUCCACGCCUCAGCCUGCCAAGUCCCCUGCAGCCAAUCUUGAGAAGCAUGGAGAGCACCUCCCCCGAGGAGACCACCGGCCAGGGGGGAGCCGCCGCAGACACAACUCCUCUGAUGGCUUCUUCAACAAUGACCCGCUCCGUGCUCCCGCAGGGGAUGGGUGGCAGCAGCCUUCCCUGUUGAGGCAUGAUUCGGUGGACUCGGGCGUGGCAAAGGGUUCUGGCGGUGGCCUGGGGAGUGGGCAGGGCUGGAAGGACUCGCCCGGCUGGCAGCACCAUCACCAGGGGCGCCAUGGCAAGCGUGGAGGGGGCGGAGGUGGUGAGCGUGAGCGGCAGGGAGGUGGCCACCGGCAGCGCAACGGAAACUUCCACCCUCCACGCAAGGGCGGGCCCUUCCAGGACCGCUACUCCGACGAGGAGCGCAACGAAGACAAACUGAAGUUCGUGGAAGAGGACUUUCCCUCCUUAAACCCGGAGACAACUGGAAAGCCAGUGAGCCAGGCUCGUGCUGUGGGGACCCCUGCCGGAGUUUGGGAGAAUCCCCCCAGUGCCAACAAGCAGGUGUCUAAGAUGCUGGUCAUUAAGAAGGUGUCUAAGGAGGACCCCAGUGCUGCCUUCUCAGCUGGUUUUGCCAGUGCUGGCCCACUGCCCACCAACGGCACCAAAGUGUCCAUUGCCGGACCCAGUGUCUACAAGAACCUGGUGCCCAAGCCUGCCACAGCUCCCAGCAAGCCUGGUCCCUGGAAGCCCAAUGGAAGGGAAACUAAAACGGGUUUGCAUUUCUCUGGCCGGGACUCUGCCUUCUCAAGCCCCGCCUCUGUGACCAAACCUCUCCCCCCGGUCAGCGCCCCAGUGCAUGUCACCCCAAAGGAGCCUCCCUCCAGCACCACUCCACCCAUAGACAUCACCCCUCCCCGCCUCAAGCUGAUGCGCCGCAGCACCGACCGCAAGAGCGAGUUCCUGCGCGGCCUCAAGGAUGAGCGCAACGGAGAAGUGGGCGGCAGCCACAGCCCUGGAGUGCCCACCGAGGGAGAGGGCAGCACCCCAGAGCCCAAGGAGUAUGGAGAGGGACACGAGAACGGCAUCUCUCACUCACUCAGUGACUCGGAUACCGAACAUCUGUCCAGCUCCCUGGAGGCAGAACAUCGGCUGCUGAAGGCCAUGGGCUGGCAGGAGCACCCGGAGAAUGAUGACAACUUUCUGCCUCUGACUGAAGAUGAACUGAAGGAGUUUCAGGCUAAAACUGAACAGCUGAGGAAGAAUGGACUGGGGCGCAACGGAAUGCUGGUGAGGCCACGGGGUGUUGCCAUGCCACUGGCCUGGCGGAGCCCGGUGGAGACAGGCCUGGAGGAGGGCUCCGAGUCCGAGACGAGUAGCAGCAGCCAGACGUCUGACGACGAGGGCACCUAACGAGGGGAGCGCCUCUUCCAUGUCCUUCCUCCCACUCACACACCACCUGAACAACCACCCAUCCCGCUACCACAGUCUCUCGCUCUCUUCCAUUCACACUGUUUUAUUUAAAGAAAAGAGAGAAAAAUGGAUGAAAACAACAAAAAUAGAUCUCAUGCACAAGAGACAUCAGUCAUAUCCCAGAGAGAAAAUAACAUGCCAUGAGUCACCCUCUCACGAGGCAAUUUGUGUUUUCUUUUUCCUCUUUCCUUUCCUCUUGGCCAUUUCCUCCUUUUGUUGUCCCAUCUUUCAGGAACUUGAAAAAUAUGGAAAAAAAACAAUGUAUGAAAAGUCACACAGCAUCUGAUUUUUUUUUUUUUCUUGCUUGGGGAAAACAAAGACUAACUCACAAAUAACAGCAACUAUAAUCCUGAUUUAACAUGAAACAACUUCAUCAGAAUGUUCUUUUAAGGAAAAAAAAAAAGAAUAAAUAAAAAAUGGCUUUGACACCUUUUUUGGCGAAAGCAAUUCGUAGUGUUAGUGUUGAUAAAACAAUCAUUGUGAGCCGUUGCCACCAACGAAGCUCCCAGUCCCUCAAGGAACACAAGUCUUUCACCAUCCACAGCAGUGAUGAGCUACCAACCCCCUCCAACAUACACACUUAUACACACAGUGCACUGUCUUAUGAUGCACGGCAGCUAGUGAAUGAAAAAAAAAUAGGUGGACGCUCUAAAUCCUGGUCCUGAAGGACCCCUCUUUAAGCCGGUUUUCAGAGCAGGUAGUCCAUCAUGGACACAGCUGGAACCCCAUGACACCUACUGGUGGUGGCUAUUGAGAGAUAGUUGGAUGAUGGUGCUUUGAAAACCAGCUCUGUGUGGGGUGUGCCUCAGAGCCUGGGUUCAGAUGGAGGAAGGCUGAUGCUUAAUAUUUAACUGGAACAUGCAAUGUUCGGUGGAGGUGUGUCCUGAUGAUGUGCUGUUUACUUCAACAUUGUUUGGUUUUAACGUCUCAUGAUUAAAAGACGCGCAACAUGUUAUUUUCUCGUCUCUUGUUAGAGAAGUCUGUUUUCACUAGAAUUAUUUUAGCACCAUGAAAAAGAUCUCCUGUAAUCUUGUGUUUACAGCUGGUCUUUUCUGUGUAAUCCGAAAACAAUUCUCAAGCAAGCACACCGAUCCUUACAUUGUUUGAAUGUAGCCAGUAAGGGCUUAGCAGAGUGAAGAAAGAGAGCAAAUGCUUUAUCUUCAAAGGCGACGGUUAGUCAGCUCUGGUGAAACAUGACGUCUCGUGUUUUGAUUUUUUUGGCAUUAAUGAUUUUCUGAUGGUCUGGGUCAGGCUGAGAGGAAUACUGGGAUGAUGCUUUGGAGAGUGAUUCGAAGUUUUGUUUACUUGAUACCCAAUGACGAUGAAGAGAAAUGACCGAAGGUUCUGAAUUUUAUGACUUUCAACCCCAUGCCCAACCCAGUUUCCCUACUGCUGUUUUAAAGGUGUAGCACCAUCUUUCUCUAGUUUCAUGAGGGACUGCUGUUGUAAAUUAUGGUUCACCAGAUUUCUGCUUUUGUUUUGGUACCUCUUUAUUUCUGCUGAUAGGGCAUAAACGGCUUAUCACACACUUAAGGUUCAUUGUUUUUGGUUUUUGUUUUGGUACAGCUGUAUAAAAUUCCCACAUUUACUAGUUUUGUUUUGCAUUAUUUUGUUCCUGGAGCCUUGAUAUUCAGGGUGGAUUGUAAAAAAUAUAAGAAUAAAAAUUGUGAGUUUUGGAAGAUUAUUUUGAUAACAUUAUUUGCUGAUUUGAGAAAAUGAUAAAGGUGUCGUGUAUGGGGGUUAUCUGUGUGAGACGAAGACAAACAGAAACUACUGCAUCUUGGAGGAAAAGACAGAAGAAAAUUGUAAUAAAUAUUUUGCAUCAGUUUGCCAAA